AUGUUGAUACGGUACGUUCAAGCUUCGCUACUUUUUAUUGCAUUGGUGGCUAUGCAUUUUAGUCGUGUGAAUAUCGGAGUUGCUGUGGUUGCCAUGACAGAUGCCAAUAGCACAAAUCCUAAUUUUCCCGAAUUCAAAUGGAAUGAACGACAAAUUUCCUAUAUCCUGUCGAGUUUCUUUUGGGGAUUCUGUGUGACCCAGCUACCCGGCGGAUUUCUGUGCAGACGUUAUGGUGCCAAAUUUAUUAUGGGCAUGGCAAUAUUCUUCUCCGGUGUGUUAAGUGCCAUUACGCCGUGGUGCGUUAACUGGGGUGGCUGGCAGGCUUUGUGCGUCAUACGAAUAUUACUGGGAUUGGCACAAGGUUUGGUAAUGCCCUGCGUGUUCGAUCAUCUGGCCAAAUGGUCACCUUUAGAAGAACGCAACCGUUUGGGUGGAUUAAGUCAAAGUGGCUACGAUUGUGGUAUGGUCUUGGCCAUGGGUUUGAGUGGUAUAAUUGCUGAAAGUUGUAUGGGAUGGCCAGGAAUUUCAUAUAGCUCAGCGGGACUUUGUAUCGUUUGGUUCCUGUUAUGGCAGGUGUUUGGUUCCAGCAAUCCCGGCGACUCAAGUUUUGUAUCGGCCAGCGAAAAAUUCUAUAUCACCUCAUCGAAUGCCCACGAGGAUACAUUUCAUGAGGGAAAUAUCGCUGUACCGUGGAAGGCAAUAUUCACAUCGGUACCCUUUAUGGCUCUGCUGAUUACAAGAUCUGCCGAAAUGUGGGGUUUAACCACCUUGGAAUCACAAAUACCCUCAUAUUUUCAUGGUGUCCUUAAUGUGGAAAUCAAAACGAAUGCCUUCUUCUCGGCCUUGCCCUUCAUUGGCAGUUGGUUAAUGUCCUAUGUGUUUAUGUUCAUGGCAGAUGUUUUGCAGGAACGUAAAAUUGUAUCGCUGACCACAUUACGUAAAAUAUUCAAUAGCGUCGCAUUUUGGAUACCCGCCCUAGGUUUCAUUGCUAUUGGAUUUUUGGAUGAGAACAACAAUGAGAUGGCAUUGUUUUUAAUAACGCUCAGUAAUGCCAUAAAUAGUGGCGAGACAAUUGGUAGCUCGCUGAAUGUUAUUGAUUUGUCACCCACUCAUGCUGGGUUGUUGUAUUCCAUAAUCAAUACGGUGGCCAGUAUUGUGGCAUUGUUGUCACCACUUGCUGUGGGAUUUAUUGUUACGGAUGUGCACAAUCGCUAUCAAUGGCAAGUGGUAUUUGUCAUAGCUGCUGGGAUUUUUAUUGUCGGUAAUCUAUUGUUCAUAAUAUUCGGCACCGCUGAAACACAAUCCUGGAAUUCUGAAGAUUACCUACCGUCCGACGAUACCGACAACGAAUGGCAUAGCUAUAAAAGUAAUUUUAGUGAUUUAGAAACAAUGCCCAAUCACCAACAAGUUGAUUAUCAAAAUAAUAAAAUAUAG